CUCACACUGCAUCUUAAACUAUCUCACACUGUAUCUCACACUAUAUAUAACACUGCACCUCACACUCCAUCUCACACUGCAUCUUACACUACACCUCACACUGCACCUCACACUAUAUAUAACACUGCACAUCAGAUCAUAUCUCACACUGCAUCUUACACUACACCUCCCACUGCACCUCACACUCCAUCUCACACUGCAUCUCACACUCACCCUCACACUGCAUCUCACACUGCAUCUCACACUGGGAAUAUAUGUUGCCAUAGGACUUGA